GAAAGUCCUAAUCAGGUCAAAGCAUUUUUGUGCCACACCGGAAGUGAAGCUCUUAAAAGCCAGUUGACAAAGGCUAGCAAAGGUUAGCCGUCAGCAGCGUUCCGUCAUUGUGCAAGGAUGGAGGUAACACGCCAAAAUUUUAAAGACUGUUUGAGCGCUGUGUACAGCGCGAUAGACGAGGCUGACUUCCUCGCUAUCGAUGGGGAAUUUUCAGGGAUAAGCGAUGGUCCUAAUGUCAGUGCACUAACCAACGGGCUGGAUACGCCGGAAGAGAGAUACACGAAGCUGAAAAAGCAUUCCAUGGACUUCCUCUUAUUCCAGUUUGGAUUAUGUACAUUCAAGUAUGACCAGACAAAAUCAAAGUAUAUCACAAAGCCUUUCAACUUUUAUAUAUUCCCAAAACAGUUCAAUAGGACUUCUCCUGAUAUAAAAUUCAUUUGUCAGAGUUCCAGUAUUGACUUCCUGGCCAGCCAGGGGUUUGACUUCAACAAGGUGUUCUGCCAUGGAAUUCCAUAUCUAAAACAAGAUGAGGAAGCUCUGUUGCGAGAGCAGACGGAGGAGAGAAGAAAUCAACAUGCUAAUGGUCUUGGGACACCUUAUAUCUCCCCAUCAUCCUCCAAAGGCCCUGCACAUGUACCCGAGGAACAUAAAGACUUCAUCAACAGAGUUGUUGAGAGGGUUGAAGCGCUUUUCACUAACGAAGGGAAGACUUUGGACUUGGAGCCAUGCACUGGGUUCCAGAGAAAGCUGAUCUAUCAGACACUGAGCUGGAAGUUUCCCAAAGGUCUUCAUGUGGAAACCCUUGAAACAGAAAAGAAAGAGCGAUUCAUCCAGAUCAGUAAAGUUGAUGAAGAGGAGAGCAAGAGGAAGAAACAACAGGAGCUGGCGAGAGAGCAGGAGAAGCUAAAUGAUGCUGUGGGCUUUUCUCGGGUCAUCCAUGCCAUUUCUAAAUCUGGUAAACUUGUUGUUGGCCACAACAUGCUCCUGGACGUGAUGCAUACAAUCCAUCAGUUCUACUGCCCGUUGCCAGAGAAUCUUCCAGAGUUCAAAGAAAUAACAAUGUGUGUGUUCCCAAGACUUCUAGACACAAAGCUGAUGGCCUCCACUCAGCCGUUUAAGGAGCUGAUCACGAAUACUUCUCUGGCAGAGCUGGAGAAACAAGUAAAGGAGACCCCCUUCAAGUCUCCAGAAGUUGAAACGGCAGAGGGCUUCCCCAGCUAUGACACGGCACAGGAGCAGCUCCACGAGGCGGGAUAUGAUGCUUACAUCACCGGCUUGUGUUUCAUCUCUAUGGCCAACCAUCUAGGCUCUUUCUUGACUCCACCCAAAGCCUACAUCGCUGUCCGCUCCAAACUUAUCGAACCGUUCUUUAACAAGCUCUUUCUGAUGAGGAUUAUUGAUAUACCCUACCUCAACAUCACAGGACCUGAUCUGCAACCCAAGAGAGACCAUGUCUUAUAUGUGACCUUCCCUAAAGAAUGGAAGACUAGUGAUCUCUACCAACUCUUCAGUGCCUUUGGGAACAUCCAGGUGUCGUGGAUCGAUAACACAUCAGCAUUUGUUUCCUUAAGUCAGACGGACCAGGUACAGAUUGCCAUGAACACCAGCCGCUAUGCAGAGAGCUACAGGAUCCAGACGUAUGCAGAGUACAUCAAAGGCAGACAGCAGGAGAAGGAAAAGCUUGGUCAGCCAGCCAGAACUUGGGGUGAGGAUGGCUGGGUGAAACCGCACUACGCCUCCAGCACGGCUUCUUCUGGCUUUGGAUAUCCCGGUAUGAGAAAGCGCAGCAUCGGUUCUGUUCAGGGAGAGCAGGGAAGCGAAGAGGCGCAGAUUACAGAUGGCUGGAGCCACUACUCUUACCCAGACGACAGCCCGGGGGGCAAGAAGAUAAGACUGGAUGGAGGUGGACAGGCCAGCGACGACCCCGUCGAGAGCAAGACAUCGGAGGGAUGGUUGAAAACCACAGAUGCAUCAUAUUCAUCUGGCUCGAGUCCAGCAUCCGACGAAAAAAGCCCCGAAGGCUCAGAAACGGGCAGUUAUGCUGAGGGGACGGUCGCCUGGCAACAAGCCCCAACAGUCCCUGGGACGAAAGGUCAAAAAAAGAAGAAGAAAAAGAAGUCUGAAGAAUCUACAACGUCAUUGUUCGAGGUUCCAGAAGUGUGGUAGCGAGAGGUGAGGAGCGGCGAGUCCUGUCACACAGCGGGCUCCUGCUCACGGUCUCAUCACUAGCACUUGGGACGCUCUCCUUCAGGGUCCUACAGCACUGGGAGGGCUGCAAACCCGAAAUUCAUCCAUUCACUCACAGCUGUGGAUGCAGUGUCCAAAGCUACCAGCCAAGCUACUUGACUCAACUAUUUAAAGAGAACACAAGCCAUAAUGACAGCUGCCAUAUUUUGACCGGACACCAGAGGAGCAGGCACCUCCUCUGCUUUAACGCAUACAGAAAUAAUCUUAUCUUGGAAAUAUGAGCUGCAGAUUUUUUUUCAUUUCCACCUUGACGUGUUCAGACUGGAAUCUGCCACCCACGGCCAUGCAUUCACUUUGGAUAUAUUAAUAAAUUUUACCUCUAAUCAUUCUUAUAUUGUGGAGUGCGUGUUGUGUGAGAGUUGCUGCACGUGAGCGAGAUGUACAUUUUCUCUGGUCCUUUUCCUGUGAAUUGGUUUAAAAAAAAUUAGAUAAAAUGCCACUCAGCAGGUCCCAUACUUUACAAUGUCCGGUUCACUUAGUAUUUUAAUGCAGUCAUGUAUUUUUAAAAAAAAAAGGUUAAGUUGUCAACUUCUCCAGUUUUAAUAGACACCUGUAAGCUUAUCAAUAAUAAUUUGAUAUUUAUUGUUGGUGGCAUUCUGAUCCCUCAUAAAAGGUGCUUAUGGUUUUUGUACAGAACUGUUUUUCUUUACCUUUUUGUGUUCAUUGUUUAGUAUCUGUCAGCCUGUAACGAUGCCAGGGUAUCUUGCGGAAGGUGUAAACGUUUAGACGGAUACAUUUUUGUAUUAAGUAUAAAAAUCCUUAAAUAUUUCCUCUUGAAUGGGGGGAAAAAAUUAAAGAAUGUUUCUUGAUAAUUUGUUUUUCUUUGUUUUUUUGCUGUCCGUAUAACACCUCA